AAUAUUCUUGCGUGAAUGAUGAAGUGACUUGCUUUAACUCAGAUGUAGCCAACAAUCUUCAACUCUUUUUUUUUUCUUCUGCUUUCCUUUUUUGGGAGAUCGGUGUACGUUUAUGUGUGUACCAACACAGAAUUACACCACCCUUCACAGGCAUGAAAACAACUGUCAAUAUCCCUGUAUGAUAAACUUCAGAGUACUCCAUGCAUACAUACAGUUAAAAGGGUGCCGGUCAUAUGAUCAACAUUCCGUUUACUACAUUGUUCUGAUUGGACCCAUCCUUUACAAUGACGUAUGCUUGCUUGCUACGAGUACAGGUACAGGGAGCCAAGGAUUAGGGCACUGCGGCGUUAUCUUAGUUACAGAGGCAAUGUAUAUGUUUCAUCUAAGACGCACAAUGUAUAGGUUGCGGUCCAAUCCUGGAUUCUUCAGAAGAUCGAAUUGAGCUGAGAAAUUUAUUUUCUGAUUUGUCAUUCCUCACCAAUCUG